AGAUAAGACGACUAAAGAGAGAGAAAAGCAGAGAAAAAGAUCCUGAGUAAACUUAGCAAGAUGAAGGCUUAGACAUCAGAGAGGGUCGGAAUACCAAGAGAACAAGAGAUUUCUUUAUACUCGAUCGUCUUGAAGCAAGUCAAAGAAUUUGAAAUGCAGAAUGUCCAGAUGAGAGCAGAUGCUCAAGGGAAUGUUGAGCUAGCAAGCCUUCUUGGUGCAGUCGGUAUGGAUAUCAAUGUAACUCGGUCCAUCGGUGAUGAUUAUCUCAAUCCUGCUGUAACUUCUGAACCUGAGAUAACGGACAGUGGGCUUUCAGUAGAAGAUGAAUUCCUGGAAUCUACUUUCUGCUAUAAAUUAGACCAUUCUACCAGAAGACAAAAACCCUUAUCCAAGUGUUCCUAUGGGAUUUAUUAUAAAGUCUCACAAAGAUCGAAGGAGGAGCGUGAACAGAAUAAACAAGAACAUGCUAAAUGUGUAAUCAUGGAUUGUGGGGAAGAUAGUUGUCAUGCAACAUCACAAAUCGAGUUAUCCAGUCAAAUGGGUAAUGAAUAUGCCUUGAAAGUUAUACACAUAGACAACGCUGAGCCGUUAAAAGUGAAGGUGAUUUAUCCCUACUUUGAGAACACUCUGUCUAAAUGGCUUAAGAAAUUGCAUCCUCCGAAUGAGACUGACGAGUAUGUCAAAUGGAUGCGGGCUAAAGUAUUUCCAAAGAUUAGGAAACUUUGGCAAAUACUACUUAAAAUGAAGGAUAAUGGGAUAAAUAUUAAUAAGCCAUAUUGCAUGCCUUUAAUUAAUGGAGUGCCCAAGCUGUUAUACAUUCAUGAAGAAGAUGGCGGUAAGUUGUUUCUUUCUUUUUUUUCUCUGAUUAUUGCUAUUAGUAUUACUACUUUUAAAUUUUUUUUUUAACAGAAAAGAAUAAAGGAGACACACCGGAUGAUGGAUUUAGUUCAUCUAAUCAAGGACAAAAUGAACAAGAACCUCCUUCAUUUAAUCAAGAACAAAAUAAUGACAAAGAUAAAGACAAAAACAAUCUUGACUUGGAUUAUCUAAUAGAGGUACUUAAUGGGAUAGUUACAAAACUGAGGUCAGAUGGAUCUUAUGAACUGCGUAAAUAUAUUGAUGAACUACAUAAAUAUAUUGAAGAACUGCAGGUUUUCUGGAAGUCCAACCAGGACAAGUCAGAACAUCCCCAACAUUAUCAUUUACUCAGUAUGCAUCCAAUUCUCUAUAAUUCUGACGAAAAGUCCAAGUUUUUGCAAUUGUUCUACGAUGUCACAUGGGAGUAUGGAUUAAGCAGCUGGCUGGAUAUGAAAAUGCAUUGGGGUCAUUUUCAAAGCCGUAUGAUGUCCGCGAAAAAAAGAAGAGUUUAUGAAGCAACCCUUCACCACAAAUCUCGAAAAAGUCAAAAUCAUGCAUAUAAUCGAGCACGAGGUGACCAAGGAACUCAUUCAUCUUCUCAAGGUUAUGAGUUGAAUGAAUUCAAAAGAAGGCGUAUCCAUGGCAAUCCACUAUCAAGUCAUGCACAUGAUCAAGAACAAAGUGACCUGGGUUCUCUUUCAUCUAAUCAACGACAAAGUGAUCAGAAAUCUCUUUCAUUUAAUCAAGAACAAAGUAAUCAGAAAACCCCUUAUUAUUGUCGAGGUUCAGAUGUUGUAAGGUUUACCAGGAAUGUCUUGGCUCAUUUCAAUGACAAUGAUAAAAAUCCCAAGGGAGAAAGGCUGGCUGGUGAUGAGAUUGUUGAGACAGUUGAUCGUGAUCUUGCAGUCUGCUCUCUAUAUUAUACAUAUGCAAAACAAUUUAUUGCAGAUCAAGCAACGGAAGAAUUAAUUGAAGGGUACUGGAAGAAUUAUCAACAAGAACGAUGGGAUAAUUUGAAGGAUGAGAUUUUGAAGAAAGCUAAAAAACGGGGGCCGGGUCAGAAGGAAGCACAAUUAAUUAGUCAAGCUUAUCAACUAGUGCCAUUGCAACUUUACGUGAGAACUAGGUGCCAACCCGGUAAAUGGAUGAAAGCGGAAGAAAUUUUUAAACGAAGACCUCCAACGGACGUGGAUUCGAUGGAACUUUGGACAAACGGACCCGAUAAUUGGAUGGAAGCAAAAAAAGUUUUAGCAAAUGACGUUUUUCCAUUGGUGAAACUUUGGACGAAGAAUACUUGGGAGGAGGAUUGGAAGGAAGUGGGAGAAAUUGAAGAUGAACUUGAUCAAAAACUAGAACUUGAAACGGAGAAGGGUUGGAUGCUUGUAGAAAAAAUUAAAGAUGGAGCUUUUCCAGAAAAACUUAGAGUGUGGAGGCAGGAUUGGGUUUGGAGUGAAUCAAAACAAAUUUUUGAAGAUAAUACACCUGCGACACUUCAUGCGAGGUCUUCUAGGGAGAAUGGUCUUGAAGCACUUGAAUAUGGUCUUGAAGCAUUUGAAUGUGAACGACCAAGGAAGGUUAAUUGGGAAAAAGCAAAGGAAAAAUUAAAAGAGUUCCUCAUAUCACUAAAAUGUAAUCUACUUAAUUUCCUCUCCUACAUACUAACCACGUGUGUGUGUUUUUACACAAUGUUUUGAGCAUAUGUGUGUUAUCCUUUGAAGAUUGGCCUAGGCAUUUAUAAGAAUUGUAUUCCUUCUUGUUCCCUAACUAUUUUCUAAUUGAUAUCUUGCAUGUAUAAUUGAUGCAGAGAAUAAGUAUCCUGUUCUGUCCUAUUUGCAUUGAGUCAUUCGUAAUUGCAUAUAAAAUUAGGGAUUAAUUUGUAAUAAUUCUUAAUUUUGGUUGCAUGUCCUUUUUGGAAUUAGAGAGUACUAGUGAAGAGUAGCUGCUGAUCCUAAGUUCUUUUGGUGGAUUUCUGGUACAAACUAUGAGCUAUGCAUCUAAGUAGUUAGUAAGGCAUAUUUGUAUCUGCCCAAAACUUUACUUGGGUAUGUGAAUUUUUAAUUUAUUUUGUACUAAGCUUUGAGCCUGGGAUAUAUAUAUGUAAAAUUUCUAUUAUGCUCAUAAAUAGUUCUCUUUAUU